UAAUGAAAUAAUAAUAAUAUUAACAAACCUAGGGUAUACGUGGUUACUCACCUGCUACAGCUCCAUAAAAUAUUCAUCCUACUCAUAAUAGUAAUAAAUAUUCAAUUAAUUCUUAGAUUUGCCUAUUUCAAAUUAGUUUAAUGAAGAAAUUUAACAUAGAAUAAAACUCAAAUAUCAAGAAUUAGGAUUAAAACAACCUUUAUAUCCACAAUAAACAUAAAUUUUAACAUCUGAAAAUGGUAUCUAUAAUUUCAGAAAAGUAUUCGAUCCAGUAAGAGAUGGUCGACCUGAAUUCUUAAUGGACCCAAGUAAAUAUAUCAUUAUUAUUGUUAGAAUAUAUGGAUCAACUAAAAGAUUACAAAAAUAAGUAUUUAGCUCCUAGUAGAAACUAUGAUUUAUAAUACAGAAAUCCUUCAUUAAAUAUCAAAAAUCAUGACUUUUAUUUUUAAGAUUUCUAUAUGAAUCUAUAUGAAUAAGAUAAAGAGGAGAUCUUUUUUAAUAAAUAUGGAAAGAAAUUUGUUUAUCAAGAAUGA